AGAUUGACGUCAUACUGCUGCGACGGUGUGUCAGUCAAACAUGGCUUCUAGGUUAGAAAUUAAUUUCGUCAGAUUAUUGUCUCGCUGUGAAUCGAUAGCGUCGGAGAAACGAGGAGAAACAGAAUGGAGAUUAGAAAAGUAUGUUGGCGCCCUGGAGGAGAUGUUGGUGGCCUUGAGGAAAAGCCUGAGCAAACCCACACCAGAAGUGCUGACUGAAUUCACAAGAAAAGUAGAUUUUCUGAAAGGACUUCUGGAGGCUGACAAACUGUCUUCACCAACAGAAAAGGCCUUAGCUAAUCAGUUCCUCGCCCCUGGGCGAACACCCACUAUAGCCAAUGAGAGGAUGCCUGCCACUAAAACUGUCCACAUGCAGACCAAGGCCCGGUGUACGGGAGAGAUGAGGAAUGAGCUGCUUGGCACAGGGCUGACUGGCAAAGGCUCAUCAGAAACAGAAUUAAGAAACAGAAGGUCAGGUCUUCCCUUGGAUGAGCGCCAGUCUGCAGCAGAACUGGAGGCCGUCCUGCAGCAUCAUCACAACCUGCAGGAGAAACUUGCUGAUGACAUGCUCAAUUUGGCAAGAAAUUUGAAGAACAACAGUCUGGCAGCACAGAACAUCAUCAAACAGGACAACCAGACGCUGGGCCAGUCCAUGCGUCAGGCAGACCUGAACUUUGAGAAGCUGAAGACGGAGUCCGAGAGGUUGGAGCAGCACACCAAGAAGUCCGUCAAUUGGCUGCUGUGGAUCAUGCUCGUCCUGGUCUCCUUCACCUUCAUCAGCAUGAUCCUCUUCAUUAGAAUCUUCCCCAGACUCCGAUGAUGACACGUCUGUGAUACUGAACUCUUAGUCUCCUUGUCCUCUUGUGGUUACAGAGCAGUAACUGCAUAGGCCUUAAGAUCUACCGAUCAGUAGUGGUCAGAACCAAAACGACGCCGUUUGAUGAACUGAAACAUUUGCACUUUUGAAAUCGAAGUUCUUCUUCUCGACAGGAAGGUUUAAAAGGAGGUUUGAAGCAUCAGUAUUCAUUUUUUUGAAACAGCAGAACAUGAAUGGAGCUUGUUUUCUUUAAGGCCUUAGGUAGAAACAGAAUAGUCUUAAUAAAUGGACAGCAGACACUGAGCCUUAAGUAUUCUUUACUCUCGUCAGGUACGCUACAAGCCACUCGGCCUAUGUAGAGCAAACUUCUCUUGAGUUCAGCAUUUCCUCACCUUGUAUCUGAAACAGUUCAUAACCCGUCCAGCAUCUGCUAUAGACUAUAUAAAUCACAGUUCAACACUAUAUCUGAUUAAAGGCAGAGUCUAAAGAUUCAAACUAAAUCAUUGCUCUGGAUGUGCUAAAUGUUUAAAUUGUUUGGUAACCCUUUACUCUGUCUAUUAGCACCUAUAAGCAUUGCAUAGAUAUUUAUAAAAUAGUAAAUAGCACUAUAAUGAAGUUAUAGAAAGCCAUAUAGACAUUUACAUGUGUUUAUUAAUGUGAAGUAUUUGUCAACAACUAUAUAAGUUCUCCUAUGAGCUAUACUGUCACUUCUCAUCUGUUCAUACUAUAAUGUAUGACUGGCCCUAGGAGGAGCUGUAGUUGGACAAAUAUUACAUUAAUACACACUUUUUAAAAUUAUAUUAUAUUAAAUUAUAAUCUAUAAAAGGUUUAUAUAGUGCUUCUUGAUUCUAAAUAACUACGGUAAUAUUUAUUCUAAUAAGGAAGUCAAGUGUCACUGAUUGUUGCACUGAAUGCACAGAGUUAAUACAAAUUACAAAAAUCUACUUUAAGCAUCAGUUACAUUUCCAUGAAUACUUUUCUCUGAGUUCAUUUUUUGGGGAAAAAAUAUUGCAAGGCGGUGUAGAGCUGUUAGGGUGCUGUUAGAUUCCUGUAGUUCAUCCCUCCAUAUAAACCCUUAGUCCAGUUCUGUGUUUCUGAGUGUGUGUUCUGGUUGUUGAUUCAGGUGAUGAAACUUUUUGAUUUUUUUUUUUUUUGUGACGUCUGGGGCUUCUGACACUGAUCAAAUGAAAUGACUGUAACCCCAUCUUAGCAAUGACAUUUUGAGAGCUGUGUGUGUAGAAUCACAAGAAACUUGAGAAAAUACAAUGUCACUGAACUAAAACCACCUCCUUUAAUUGUGUAGAUGUAAUAAUUGUGAGACCUGUGUGUGUGUGUGUGUGUGUGUGUGUCUGUGUAUGACAUCUUUCCUCAAAGUAAAAUACCAAAAU